CUCUAAUGGRCAAAACAGGAAGUGAGCAACAAACAACAGCAACGAGCUCAUUUGGCUAGACGAUUAGCCCCCGGACUAACAACUGGCGAUUUAUUUAACAUUACUGCUGUAGCUCUGUGAGGUGUGUUUAUUUUUAGUGUUCAGUUCGAGUAAUGUGGUUCAGGUGACCAGCACAGGACAGGUGCUGACCGCUGCGGGUCUGCACAGCUCAAGACACUUCACAGUUSUCCGGCACCAGCGAGCCGCACGCGCAGAACAGGAAUCAUGAAUUACACUCGGUUUCUGACAGCAGUGAGUAGAGCCAGGCAGCCCUCUGCAAUCAGGCUGCUGACUGAGCUGCAGCAGCGCUCGCCUCCCUCCCUGAUCUCUCURGCCGCCGGAGCCCCCAACCCGAACACCUUCCCCUUCCUGUCGGUGUCCAUCCAGGUGAAGAACGGCCAAACGGUGACCUUCGACGAGACGACGAUGAAACGGGCCCUGCAGUACUCUGCCUCAACCGGAAUCCCUGAGCUGCUGACAUGGAUGAAGAACCUGCAGAAGAGCCUCCACAACCCGCCGACAGCCAGUUACAGCCCAGAGAACGGUCAGAUGGACAUGUGUGUGACGACCGGGAGCCAGGAGGGGCUCUGCAAAAUGUUUGAGAUGCUGGUUAACCCAGGAGACAACGUUCUCCUGGAUGCUCCCACGUAUUCAGGCACGCUCGCAGCUCUCCAGCCUCUUGGGUGCAACAUAAUAAACAUCCCCAGUGAUCAGCAUGGCAUGAUCCCCGCCGCCCUGAAAGAGGUCCUGUCUCGCUGGGACCCAUCAGAGGUCCACAAGCCUGGCAGCACCGCUCCCAGGGUCCUCUACACCAUCCCGAACGGCGGAAACCCCACCGGGGCCUCCAUGACGGCCGAGAGGAAGAAGGCCGUGUACGAGCUGGCUCGGCUGUACGACAUGCUCAUCAUCGAGGACGACCCGUACUACUUCCUGCAGUUUGAGAAGCCGUGGGUUCCAACGUUCCUCUCACUGGAUGUUGAUGGAAGGAUCAUCAGGACAGACUCCUUCUCUAAGAUCCUGUCUUCAGGCUUGAGGAUAGGUUUUGUGACCGGUCCCAAACCGCUGGUGGACAGGAUCGUGCUGCACAUCCAGGCCUCCACGAUGCACACCAGCACCUUCACACAACUCAUGGUGUCUCAGCUGCUGCACAACUGGGGACCAGACGGUUUCCUCCAGCACAUAGACAGCGUGAUCGAGUUUUACAGGAAGCAGCGCGACGCCAUGGUUUGUUCUGCAGACAAGUGGCUCAAAGACGUGGCUGAGUGGCACGCGCCGACAGCAGGGAUGUUCCUGUGGAUGAAGCUGAGGGGCGUAGCCGACACCCAGCAGCUCAUUAUGGAGAAAGCUUUGGAGAAAGAGGUGUUGUUGGUUCCCGGAGGCGUCUUCAUGAUCAACAGCAGCGAGCCGUGUUCGUACGUCAGAGCGGCCUUUUCUCAGUCCACACCGGAGCAGAUCGAUGAGGCCUUCAGAAGACUCUCUCUGCUCAUCAAAGAAGCCGUGUGACCAAAGUUUUACCUUAACUCUUUAUGACAUGACACUACAUUUUAGCCAAAGAUGAACAAAGAGAACACAUUUUAAUAACAGUUAUUUGAAUGUACGAGUAAUUUUUAGGAAGUAUAGCAAAAGCAUACGAACAAAAAUCAUUGUUUUUCUGUUACAGCUCAGCCUUUUUACACAUCUUUAUCUCACAAAUGUGCAAAAAGAGUAAAGUCAAACUUCUAAAGCAUUUAGUCUUUUGUUAAGGUUAAUCUGGGAAUGUGGUACUUUUACCCAGAAAAACUGAACAGCAGUCAGAUGUUUACAGGUCUGGUGGAUGGAUUCAAACAUUCAAAAGUGUACCAUUAAAGACAAAAAAUAAUCUAUCUGCUGUACGGUGUAAUGAAAACACUCAGCCAUA